AUGAAUUCUAGCACAAUAACAACACCCAGCAGUCGUGCUCACCUCUUGUUAUCUCCUGACACUAAGCUAUCCAAUCCUGAAAACCAGAGCAAACUCAAUCGCACAAACCUAAACCACAACAACAAUCUACUCCAAGAGACCUCGUCUAGCAAGAAGAGGAAGAGCCUCAUUGCAGGUUCCGGCAGUCCUGUCAUUCAGCCGGUCUCUUCUCUCACUCGAGCUGAUGAGUUGAAAGGCCUAGAUUCCAAAGCAUUCAGACUUUUACCAAUCAAUGCUUCUGGUACCAUGUCUCCGACAUCAGAGGAAUACACAUCCGACGUCUAUAAUCAAGCCAAAGUCCUGCCAGCCUUCAGCACUCGAGACCAAUCACAAUCCGUUUUCGAUUCAAAGACCCCAUAUACCAAUAGUAUGGCAUUCUUUAAAGGCGGAUUAAACAAGGCCCACAAAUUCAUUGGCCGGGCACUCGAAGGAUUUCCAGAUAAGGAAAGUGAGGAAGAAGUUAGUGAUGAAAGUCAUGACAAGGACGAAGAUGAUCUCAACAUGCUCUAUACCGUAAUGGUGCCCUUAGAGUUUUCAGACGAGGAAGACGGCGAAACUACAUCAUCAUCAUCAUCAUCAUCAUCAUCUCCUUUCGAGCCAGACUUCGACAAAGAUAGCAGCAAAAAUCACUCUGAGGGUAUUCCUGGCCAUUGCUUCAAGAAACAAUCUUCGUCGUGCUUAUCAACCAACAAUCGACAUUUGGCUCCGCAAAAUGAACCUCUUACGAACGUCACUCCUCUAGAGGGGGCUGAGAUGGAUUCGAACUUGGAUCCCUGGCUCAUAUACUCAUGGCUGCCUCAUACCGACUCGUUUGCGCAUCUGUUCGCGACACUUCUGGCUACUGAAAUUAGCUCGGUCAACAUUGUCUGCCAUCUUUGCGACCUCCAAGAAGCACGAUAA